UGCAACUUCUUGAGAUCGGAAGAUUUUGGUCGUAGAUUUUGCCAUUUUGGAGAAAGCGAAGAUUCAACAUAGGCCACCUGUCACCGACUCACCGGUCCCCACCAUCGUCCCUUCGUCUCCUUCCUCGUCUGGGUGUGGCCGUCUCGCUUCGCCCCUUCCUCUCUCCUUCGGUUCUCCUCCAGAUCUCUAAGACCAGGAGCCCGGUGAAUCCACCUCGCCCGCAGCGAUGUCGGCGAGCAGCACCCCCGUAGACGCCUCGGGGGAGCCGAUCCCGACUUCGUCGGUGCUGAUGGCGGCGUCGAAGCACAUCGCGGUCCGGUGCCGCCCGGAGAACGUUGCCUUCCUCAACUGCAAGAAGAAGGACCCUAAACCCGAGAAGUGCCUCGAGAAGGGCCGCCAGGUCACACGCUGCGUCCUCAGCCUGUUGAAAGAACUUCACCAAAAGUGUCCCAAGGAAAUGGAUGAAUAUGCUGGUUGCAUGUAUUACUACACCAACGAAUUCGACUUCUGCCGUAAGGAGCAGCAAGCUUUUGAGGAAGCCUGCCCCAUUUCCGAGUAGAUCUUGAGAGUUUUACUUGCAGUGGUCUUCGCAAAUAAGGGAAAAAAGGCAGAAAAACAGCGUUCAUGAUAUCCCAUGUUUGUUGUCCUCAUGGAAUUUGUACUGGUGAAUGAAUAGCACAGCCUGGAGCUAUUCACCCCAUUUGCCGCCCCUCAGGAUUUUAGAGCAGGCGAAUGCUCUAAAAUGGUGAUGAUGGUGUUUUCUCUUUAUGGUUCACAAAUUACAUUUGGCGGACUCGCUGUUAUUUCUGUCUGUCCCGAGUGUGUUAACCCGCUAAUCUGAUCUUCUGCUCUGGACUUCCACAAGGCUAUGGCACAACUACAAUGUACUCCUACAUCAUAUCGUCUCAAAUCUGAAUAGUCUGUACUCUGUACAGACUACAGAAAAAAAACAUUCA